ACCGUGUGCUGCUGUUGCUCUCUCUCUUUCGUGUAUUUUCGGUUCACCAUUUGUUUUUGUUGUUUGUUUUUUGUUUUUGUUUUUUCCUUUUUUUCAUUUGACGAUUGCGUCGAGUGUGCGCACUUGGAUCGUCUGCGUUCACUGCCAAUAUCCUCAUGUUGCUACGCUGCCGGGCAACACGUAAUCUACCUAGCCGCGUGCAUUUUCACGAAAACGAGAGCGAACGAGCAAGGCAAAUAGAACUUGACCAAGGCAGCGAAUAACCUUCGACCGAAAUCAGCGAAAAAAAAAAAGGGGGGUUCAGAUUGCGUUGCCCUAUGGCGCGCCAACGAGUCCGUGUUGCCAUACGCUCAACAGACGUAACACGCCCGGGUGUGUGACUCGAAUCAAAACUCCCGUCUUAUUUCUCUCUCUCUCGAAAAAACGUUCAUCGAACUGAAAGUGAGAUAGUGUCGUGAAUGUUUUCGUGAAUUUCGAAAAACAAGAACCUUUUUUAGAAUAUGACAUUGAAGAAUCAAACGUGAUCAGUGACUCAGCGAUAUUUUAAUUUCAACUUUGAUUCUUUUGGGCUCAGUGUGUGUGUGUGUGCAUGUGUACGUGCGUGUGAGUGUGUGUGUGUGUGUGUCAAAGUUAACGUGAGCAAUCGAAACAAAAAAUGGCUCAUCACAAUUUGGAUUUAGAUUUGGACUUGGAUUCGAAUUUUGAGCCGCAGCAAAGGGCUCGAUCCAACACGUGGCCGUUACCCCGCCCCGAGAAUUACGUCGAGAUCAAAGAGGAGCCAUGCGAUGUGGAUUCGUUGUGUCACGCAAGCGGCACUGGCAUGGCCGGAAUGGUUGGCGGCAUGGCCAUCAACAUGGGCGGCCCCAUUGACUCGAUGAAGCUACUGGACGGCUCUUGUGGCGGAUCGGCAGCCAGUGCCGCCGCAGCGGCCGCAGCCAAAAAGAAUUCCAGCCGACGCAACGCUUGGGGUAACAUGUCCUAUGCCGAUCUGAUCACGCAGGCCAUCCAGAGUUCGCCUGACAAGCGGUUGACUCUCUCGCAAAUCUACGACUGGAUGGUGCAGAACGUACCCUACUUUAAAGAUAAAGGCGACAGCAACAGCUCGGCAGGAUGGAAGAAUUCAAUUCGCCACAAUUUAUCGUUGCACAACCGAUUCAUGCGGGUGCAAAAUGAGGGGACUGGCAAAUCGUCGUGGUGGAUGAUCAACCCGGAUGCCAAACCAGGAAAAUCAGCCCGUCGCCGAGCCACUUCCAUGGAGACCUCCAAAUACGAGAAGAAGCGAGGACGAGUCAAAAAGAAGGUUGAAGCGUUACGAGCGGGUUUGAUGACGACGCCGUCGCCUAGUUCUUCCGUUUCCGAGGGUUUGGACAUGUUCCCCGAAUCGCCGCAACUUCACCACUCGCUGUCGCAUUCGCACGGUGGCCAUCCGCACUAUCAGUUGCAACAGCUGAGUCCGGGUGAUUUCCGACCUCGAGCCUCGUCCAAUGCCAGCUCUAUCGGCCGUCUCUCACCAAUUCCCGCCGUACCGGAAUCCGAAGUACAGGACAGCCCGUGGAGUCCUCAAGACUACCCCUCCACCGCCGACGUCUACGGCCAACCAACAAGUGGCGGCAACGAUCGCUUCAAUCCGGAUCAGUUGGUCGACAAUAUCGCGGAAAGUAUGAAGAUCCGCGAGAAUGGGUUUCUGGCCCCGUCGGCCGCCUCCAAGUCAUCGACCAACUCGCCGGCCAACAUCCAGCAAAAGCGGCAGCAGCAAUCACCGUCGGCCUCGUCGGCAACGAACAGCAACGGCUAUAGUUUGUGCCAUCAGGCCAGCUACGCGUCACCUUACGCCGGCCAGCAGCAGCCAUCCCAGCAGGAUUAUCAUUCGCUAGGGGGCUCUGCCUCUUCAUCCUCGUCCACGUCGUCGGGAAGAGCAGUGUCUUCAGGAAUGGGACGAUCGCCGCAGCCGCAGAGGAUCAUCAACGGGCCGAACGAUGCACCGCCUCCUUAUUCGAUGGCCACCUUGCAGGGUCUAUCUCCGUCCCAUAAUUUGCAUUCGCUGUCGCCGCCUCACUUGCUGGAUCAACAGCAGCGUCACAACAGCUGCAAUAGCGGACUGAGCAACGUUGGCUACGUUAGCGGCCUUCCUGUCUUGGGACGUUUCUGCACUUCGUCGCAGUCGGGGCUGGUCAACUUGGCUUCGACAAACAAUUGCAACGCCAUCGGAAGUAGUGGCUCAGGUUUACUGCGGGCCGCCCUAGCUCAGGGUAACAACAGCUCCAGCCACAGCCCUAGUCCGCCUGAGCACAUUCGUCACGAAUCGGAGACAACCCCAACGCCGUCUCAAGUCAUGAGCCACCUUAUGGGUGUGCUGAAUAAUAACGGCGUCGUAUCCGGCUUGAUGCCAAACGACCUGGAUCUGAAUCUAGAUUCGCUGCAGGGUGGCUUCGAAGAUUGUAACGUCGACGAAGUCAUUAAGCAUGAGCUCAGCAUGGACGGAUCUCUGGAUUUCAAUUUUAGUCAGCAUCAGCAAAUGAUGCAACAGCAGCACCAGCAGCAGCAGUACCAGCUCGGACUGCAUCAGCAGCAACACCAUCAUCACCAUUACCUGCAACAGCACCACCUGAAUCACCACGCCACGCAGCCGACAGUCAACAGUGGCGAUUUUAAUAAUAUGGCUCAUUUCGGUACAUCGUCCACGUCUGUUCCGGCUUCCGGUGGCACUCUGUCUUCCUCAGUGGUGUCGUCGCAGCCGCCGCCGUUGUGUUCUCUAGCAGCUCUGGCACCUGGGCGAUCCUGGGAGGACUUCUAAGCUGUGCCUACUAUCGUCGCGGGGCUAUGACCGGAGGCAGCUCGUUUUUAAGUUGAUCACAUGAUACCAACCCAGCUGAAUUGAUCUGCUGCAAAAAUUGAAAACCGAAAGAUAACGGAGUG